GUUUUGAUUUUUUUAAUGUUUUCGUUUUAUUCAAAUUUAUUGUAGAAGGUAGAAUAAUAAUAAUUGGUAAUUGGUAGAUCGAAGAUCAGCACAACGAAUUUUUGGUCUUUAGCUUUGCCAUAAAAUUUAUUAAUGGGGUACUGAAGCAACAUUUAUUAUAUUUUGUUUGUCAAGAUUUGCAGUCUGCGUUCGUGGAUCGUGCUGCGUGGUCGUGUAAAUACCGUCAAGAUAGAGGUAUAGUCGCAAUCGAGGUCAGUAACAGGACGUGAAGCACUCGCAGUACAUUGAGUUUUGCGUAAUUGGUGAAAGUGAAAAACAACUAUGCCCAGUAAAGAAGUUAACAAAGACUUGCAAAGUGAACGAAAUAAGUGUUCUUUUAAUAAUGAAGAAUUCACUCUCUGGUGGAUAGGUGGAGAGACAAAACUUAAGGAAAAGCAUUUUCGUGAAAAAUUCUUUCUUAGUGAACCGGAGUUUUUCGAUAAAACCCCCUUACAUUUUGCAUCGCACAAGGAAAUAUAUGAGGAAUCAAUUCGAAAAUCAACCCUUAUUUUUAGAAAAGUGAAGAAACUCCAAGAACAAGGCAAGGAUGGUGUCGAUAAUUAUAUGGCCCUACUGGGAGGACUGCUUGGCUCAGGGAUCAUCAGAGAAGGAAAUCCGUUAGCGGUACACUUCGUUAUGUUUCUGCCAGCGAUCAUGGGUCAUGGAACACCCGAACAGCAAGCUGAAUGGAUUGGAAGGGCAUGGAAUUGUAACAUUAUUGGCACCUACGCUCAGACCGAGUUAGGUCAUGGAACAUUUAUUCGCGGGUUAGAAACAACAGCGACUUAUGAUGAAAAGACGAAAGAGAUUGUAAUCAACAGUCCAACGCUAUCGUCGUACAAGUGGUGGCCCGGAGGAUUGGGACAUACUGCAAAUUACUGUAUAGUUAUUGCUCAACUAUAUUCCAGAGGAAAUUGUCACGGUAUUCACCCAUUUAUUGUGCAGCUUCGCGACGAAGAAACGCAUAUGCCUUUACCUGGAAUUACCAUAGGAGAAAUUGGAAAUAAACUGGGCAUGAAUGGAGUAAACAAUGGCUUUUUGGGAUUCAAAAAUGUUCGUAUUCCACGAACCAACAUGUUGAUGAAAAAUGCUCAGUUGCAUGAAGAUGGAACGUUUGUCAAGCCACCAUCAUCGGUUUUAACCUAUGGAACAAUGAUGUUUGUUCGGGUUGUCAUCGUGAGAGAUAUGGCUAAUUACCUUUCUAAAGCAGUAACAAUAGCUACAAGAUAUUCUUGUGUUCGCCGACAGAGUGUUAUCAAUCCCGACCAACCAGAAGUGCAAAUCAUCGAUCACGUUACGCAACAGUAUAAGCUAUUUCCAGCUAUCGCCAAGAGUAUUAUAUUUAAGCUCACGUCGGAUAACCUGUGGGAAAUGUACAAUCAGGUAACCUCUGAACUGGAUAAAGGUGAUCUGGAACGACUGCCCGAGCUGCAUGCCAUUGCUUGUUGUCUUAAAGCUGUCUGUACGGCUGAUGCCGCUCAAGCUGUGGAGACUUGCAGGUUGGCUUGUGGUGGCCACGGUUAUAUGACUUGUGCCAAUCUUUUCGGAACGUAUGGUAUGGUUACAGCUGCUUGUACAUACGAGGGUGAAAAUACUGUUCUUCUCUUGCAAACUGCAAGAUACCUACUUAAGGUGUGGCUUCAAGCACAAAAGGGACAGGAACUAGUUCCGACAGUUGAUUAUCUUAAGAGUUUCAUUUCCAAUAGGAAUAAGCGUCAAACAUGGAAUGACUCAGUGCCGGGAAUAAUUAAAUGUUUGCAAACAAUUGCUGCGGGUAAAUUACGCUUGGCUUAUGAACACAUUGAACAGCGAAAGCAAUCCGGCUAUAGUCAGGAAGAGGCGGUCAAUCUUACGUCACUAGAGUUAGCUCGUACGGCUGAUGCUCACUGCCGUGCUUUCCUCGUGCAGUCUGGAUAUGACAUGAUUGAAAAGGCUUGCGAAACUGCCACGCCAGAAUUAGCGCGAGUUUUGCGAGAUAUUUAUGAAUUGUACGCCUAUGACGAGGCCAUUAAGUCGGUUGGAGAUCUUUUAAGAUUUACAACAAUAUCGGACAGCGAUAUAAACAGGUUGCAGCAGAAGUUAGAAGACUCACUGGCUGCCAUACGUCCGAAUGCUAUCGGAAUCGUUGAUUCGUUUGACAUUCCGGAUGUUGUCUUGGGUUCGGCGCUCGGAGCAUACGAUGGUAAUGUAUAUGAGCGUUUGUUUGAGGAAGCAAAGAAAAGUCCUUUGAAUCAGGAACCUGUUAAUAAAUCAUUCCAUAUGUACCUCAAACCUUUCAUGAAAUCGAGUUUGUAAACGAAUAAUUGUUUAGAUUUAUAAACAGAUAAAUCUGUUUUAGGGGAUAGGAUAUUGAAAAGCAAUAUAACAACAUAUUUUUAAAGGAAUUUUACAGAUAAGUCGGUUUACACGCACUGGUUAUUGUUUAUAUGCUUUAUAAACGUGAGAUAAUAAAAAGGUGAUAUCAUUUG